GCAUAGAUGGCGCUUCGAACUUGUAAACUGCGUAUGGCGAACUGACGUUUUUGGUUAUUUUUGUUCUCGCCUCGUGUUUACUUUAGUGUCUAAUUUCGAUCCAAUUGCGAAAAUUUUGUUGUGCAACAGCAUAAAGCCUACAAUUUCCGGCAAAGACGAUUUUACUAUACCGUAUAGUAUCGAUCUGCGCUUCCCGACUAGAUAUAUGUAUACAGUUUUAUCACGUGGUGGUGUGAUUUAUAUAAUUCUUGUUUACCGUACAAGUCGAAACUUUGCGCAUGUGCGUCCCGUCAGUAACCUCAAAUUGUAGAACGGACACAGAUUCGGCAGGUUCCGGAUAUCCGGGUCGUGGCACGGCGGUCUCGGGUUUGUGAUGUGCUAUCGCGGCGAGGGUGCGCGCCCCGCGUGUGGACGUUGGUGAUAAAGGUACACGCGCCUGACAUGGCUCAGACUCAGAUCUCGCGGAGCUCGGAGAGCGAUGCCUGGGCGCUCCUUGCGCUCAAGUCGGCGCCCCCAUCGCCUUCCAAGGUCCAGUGGGCGCAAGAGCCGGCUCCGAUCGCGAUCGCGCGGCUCGACGGUCGUGAUUUCGAAUAUUUGAUUCGUCAGAAGAGGGUAAUAAUCGGGCGAAACUCUAGCCGGGGUCAAGUGGACGUGAAUAUGGGACAUUCGAGCUUUAUAUCACGCCGGCACCUCGAACUGUUUUACGACCAUCCAGAGUUCUAUUUGACGUGUAACAGUAAGAAUGGCGUGCUUGUGGACGGAGUCUUCCAGCGGAAGGGAGCGGCUGCGAUGUUGCUGCCAAAAAGAUGCACUCUACGCUUUCCAUCCACAAACAUCCGGUUAGAGUUCCAGUCGCUGGUUGAGGAGAGCGGGGGAGGGGCGGGCAGUUCUGGUCCUCCCUUACCUCCUCUCCGCAUCUCGAUACCGACGGACAAUGACGGUCGCAGCCCUGCGCCGUCUCCUACCGGUACUAUAAGCGCCACAAACAGCUGUCCAACAUCUCCCCGAGGGGCUGGAUCAUCAGGGCGACGGCAUCCCGACUUGGGUCUGGUCGCUCAAUACGCGGUCUUAGCGGAACACCAACGACCAACUUCUAAUGGAACCGCUAGUUCAUCCGCUUCCGACUCCGCGUACAGCGCCCGCGACGCACGAGAGGCGCGCGAGCACCGCGAAGGCCGAGACGAUGCUAAACCGCCAUACAGCUACGCCCAGCUGAUCGUGCAAGCGGUCGCUUCUGCGCAAGAUAAACAGCUGACGCUGAGCGGCAUAUACAGCUACAUAACGAAGCACUACCCGUACUACCGUACCGCCGACAAGGGUUGGCAGAACUCGAUACGUCACAAUCUCUCGCUUAAUCGGUAUUUUAUUAAAGUACCACGCAGUCAAGAAGAGCCCGGUAAGGGUAGCUUCUGGCGCAUCGAUCCCCAGAGCGAGGGGAAGCUGAUCGAGCUCGCCUUCCGUCCCAGGCGUCCACGCGGCGUUCAGUUCCGAGCGCCGUUUGGAUUAUCUUCAAGGAGCGCGCCGACGUCUCCGUCGCAGGUGGGCGUGUCGGGGCUGGUGACGCCCGAGGAGCUGUCGCGCGAGCCCACCCCCGACCUGUUCACCGGGGAGGACCACGACCAGCAGCAAGCCGGACAACAGCGGCUGAAUAACAACAACGGUAACAGCAGCCAGUCGACGCAGUACCUGUUCCCUCAGCGGAGUGGGGUCAGCCAGAGCGCGCCGGGAUCACCCGGCGCCGGCGUGUCGUUCGGCGCGGGCGGCAGCGGGCUGGUGAUGGCGGGGCACCAGAUCACCGUCGUCACCAACGGCGCCGGCGGGGAGCGGGAAGAGAAGUACGUGGUGGGCGCGGCUGGCGGCGGACUGGUCACCAUCCCCGAGGAGGAAGUGCAGGCCGCCAACCUGCUGCUGCACCAGCACGAGCCCUACUACGCCAACUACAGCGGCGAGGAGGGCUGCUCGUCGCUGGGCGGGGAGCUCGUCAUCGAGGAGGCGCCCGACGACCCGCCGCACAAGCGGACCAAGCACCACCACCCGGACCCUCCCACUCGUGACCACAGCCGAAGCAACUCCGGCAAAAUAAAAAGGUAUCGGAUAUAGAGGAUCGGCGCUCGUAUUGACGGCCCGCCGCCACGUGAGCCUCCCGACGUCCGCGUCACGCGACCCCGGCGCCCGCACGCACACUAGCGUCUCGCACUGCACAGAAACCGACCAAUCGGAGCGCGCGCUGAUCACGCGACGACCGAUCGGCCAGUAACGGACUAAUCGGAAUGCGUUAUUAUAACGCGAUAUAUUAUAUUCAUUGGUGGACGUCGACGAGAUCAGAACGAAACAUCGGUCGAAAUGGCGCGGGACAGUGUUAUAGCAAUAAAUAGACAGUGACGUAAGAGAUGAAUUUUUAAUUUUGAACCCUAAAGUGUUAAGUAUAAAGUGUCGUUUCGAGUGGUUUUAAUUUUCACGCUAAGUAAGGCAUAUUGCGUUAUUUUCGUUUAAUUUACGUUUAAGUGGACUUGACGUUUUGACGUCGGAUGAGGUUUUUUUUUUGUUGUUGUUGUAUACAUUGCAUGCGUGCUGUGACUUUGUACAGUGAACUUUAAAAACAUAAGCUUUCUUUAAGAGUUAAAAAUGAUACAUCAAGUCCAAAUAUGUGACUUUAAUUUAGAUCGUACUAAACAAAUAACUGCAGUGCAUUUGAGGCUCACUGUACUGUAAUUUUUUUCUUCAAAGUGCAAUCAUACAAUAUAAUUUAUUGUGUUAGUAAUAUAGUAUUUGGCCAAUUAAGCACUAAUACAUCUAUAAUAAGAUAUAACACAUAUAAUGGUCACUGAAAAAAUAUACAUAUACAUAGGAGACGGUAAAUGGAAUGAUUAUUAUUUAAACACAACAUAUAUAAAAAGUCUACACUAUCGAACUUAUUCAAAAUUGAUUGAUGUUUUAUAGAAAAUAUAGAUAUUAAUUAUUAUUAUUUACUGCAUGACGCAGUCCAUUAUUAUAUUAAAGAAACUUGAUUGCUAGUAUUCACUUGUCUGUUAACAAAAGUGUCCUUCGGCUUCGGCGCUUUCAAAUCUUUGCUGUUUGUACACAAAAUGACCUCUCGAACACCCUGUUGUUUAACGGUUUGCUUUCGUCAUGUAUGUCAUUAAAUUAAAGUAAUUAAAAAGAAUGUAAUGUCGUUUUAUAAAACUCGUUAGAAUUUCUCUCGCGUUAAAAUAAACCACUUUUAAUGUAAAGACUUUGAUUAUAAGUGAAAUUACGAAUUUCAUGAAGUACAAUCUAUUAAAGUAAUUGAUAUUGUUGAUAACAUACUAGAGGAAUACAAAAAUGUUUGAUAAUGUUCAGUUUUUGUUGAAUCGUUGCACUGAUUUUUAUAAAUUCUUAAAAAAAAUUUAAACGGCGUCAAUUUGAUGUUAAUAGUACUUGGCAGUAAGCGUGACUCCGGCGCCAUGUAACAUGAAGGGUAGGCUAGGCUUUACGUGGACAAAUUUUCGAUAUUUGUUUCCCAACAACUGAAAUAUCAAUAAGAGAAACAAGAAAAUCGUUGACGAUAGUCAACUCUCUCAAAUGAUAAGACAUGAUAACUGCUUAUUUUUUAUUGUACGUCGUAUUCUCAAAUUAAGCACUGAAGCAGUUUGUAAAACUAAUUAAAAAAAAACCUUUAAUUGUAUUAUUAUUAUUAUAAGAUUUAUGGUCUAGCCUCCCAUUUAAUUUGUUAGCAAACGUAAGGAAUAAAGUUUUUUAAGAAGACUCAUGUAUACUUGAAAGCUGCCCGACUUACAAUUUCGUCGAUACUUUUCUAAUGUUAAAAUAUCGUUUAAUAAAUAGUAUACGUUCGGAGACAGUUGGACUGGUGGACCUUUAAACAGUUAACACAUGUGUGGCACCGGCGUUACGCCUAAUGCUGAAAGCUGUGGUACCUUUUAAUAUGAAUCUACUUUAUAGAAUUUAGCUGAAUCCAGAUAGAACAAUUUACAAUUUCGAAUGUAUUGUACAAAUACAGUUUAAACUAGCUAAUUAUAUGACAUGAACUGUCAAAUGACUGUGACGUGUAUGAAUAUGUCACAGAUAAAAAAAUAAAAUGGCGGAAAUAUGCCUUUUAAGCAAUCGUUAUGAAUAAUUCUUAUUUCAAAAAUAUGAUUUCUUUAUUUGCAAUACAGUGUAAAAAUAUAGUGCAUAGAUAUUAAGUUCGAUUCUAAGUCUUAUUUUAACUUGAAUAACGAUCAAACUAGCUUAACGAAAAUGAAUAAGUUAAUAUGAAAAAAAGGGAAUCUAUAAUUUAUUUCACUUUUAUGAAGACAAUAUUUUGUAAAUAAAUUUUGUCUCCAGACCUUGUUUUUCUUGUGAAAAACCAAAGAGGAUUAUAAAAUAAAAUCGUUGUUGUUCCAUCGAAAUACCAAAUUUUAACUUUUUCUAUAUAGAGUUUUUUUAGAACAUAAUAAAAAUGUUUUUAAGAACAUUGUAUAGAAAUAUGUUAUAUCUUGUGUUGCUAUGCCCAAAAAAUAUUUGGAUAGUUUUCGACCACAUUUUUUUAUAAAUCGCUAUGAUAUUAUAAUUAAAGACGAUAAGGCUUAUUUCAACUACGAUUAAAUAAUGCCACUGACUAGUAUUUAUGUAUAACAUUUAUCAAACUGGCAACACUUGUAAUAUUUAUUAUAAAAAACAUUUCGAGUUAAUAAUGAUCCCAGCAAAGUAUUUCGUUAAAAUUAAACUCACGGUUUUGGUGUAAAAAUCUACAUAUAUAGAAUUAAUAUUAUAAUAAUGAAAAAUUGUAAACUAAUGUUUAUUUUAGCGCUAUUUUAUACAUAUAGCCUACACGAUGGAACCUUAGUGAUUUAUAUUUUAUUAGAAUGUAUCAAUAUAUAAUAAUCGAUUUAUACAUAAAUAAAACUAUGUACAACGUUCUUCUGAAAGUAUAAUUAAUAUUUAGAUACUAUUAAAAAUAUUUCAUCCCUGUAAGCACAAUUUUUAUAACCAAAUUUUAUUUUCAUAUGAUAUUUCGAAAGCACCACUUGUGUCUGAAUUGAAACUGCGCUCGAGUCGUUAGUUUGGAAGCUAUUAACGUUUUCAUUUUUAAUUAUAAAUAAUUUAAAUAAUUGUUUCCUAUUCGUACGUGUCGUGUCACUAAGGUACCAUUAUAUUAAUAGUAUAAUUCACGAACGUGAAAAUAACUUAGUAAUUUAAACUUAGCAUUUAAAUUGUAAAAUAUCCGAGGCUUUAGUACGAAAUGUUUGUAUCUGUAGCGCUCCCGUUAUUCGAAUAUACGCGAUCCAAGGUUACUCAUAACCGGCUUAGCCGGCGAGUUUAAUAUAUUUAGGAUGUAUUUGUUUUGUGUGUAUGUUAGAUAUGCGUUUUGCCCCUUAGUGUCUUAAACGGAUGGACCGAUAUUGAUGUAAUAUUAGAUAGGUCAAUAUGCUGUUCUAUGACAUAAUUGUAUGUUUGUGUGUAUGAGUGUGAAAUUUUAUUUUGAGUAUUAAAAAAAAAAUGAGUUGUGAAGUUAUUUGAUGUUAACGUCUUAGUUUCAUCCAAAUAGGUCCAGUGAUUUCUUAUUUCCUGAUUAAUUUUAACACAUUAAAGACAAGGGAGCGAGUGUAGGGUAUAAAUAAUAUAUGUAACGCGCACUGAUGCUAGCUACAUGACUAAAGAUAUGGUAGAUGAUACUCUCUACACAAACAAGACAGAUUAUAUAUAAACUUUCUUUAAUUGAAACACUGUAUUUAAGUAUCGUUUUAUUUGUUCCUUUUCUUUAUUCAAAUAUGUAACUUGAAUUUAAAAAGUUAAAUUUUUAAAUUUUAUCUGAGACAUUAAAUUCUAUCUUUUUAAAUUUCGAAAUGAAUAUUAAAAUUAUAAUUCAUUUUUGUGUUUUGUCUGUUGUACAUCCAUCUCCAUAGAGAAACCGUAGUCAUAUAGUCAGCAACGGUGACAUAUACUAUCAAUAUGAUAUAAGGCAUUUAAAAUGCUUAAUAGGUGUCUAACGUAAGACGUCACAUCGUAAAACCAACUUUAUCGCUAAUGUAUUAAGGUUGCUUAUGCGCGUGACUCCGUUGGAUAAUAGUAUGUAAAACAAUUUUGUUGUGUACAUUGCGUAUGUUCGGUGCGACGUGGCGCCGUACUCGAUUUAUUAUUGACAAAUUUUAAGAAAUAAACGUAUUUUAUCUCCUUU